AUGUUAAAGCUUCUACACGAGUUUAACCCCAACGCUAGCAUCAUCAAAGGUUCUCACACCUCUUACUUUACCAUCACCAUUCAACCAACAAAUGUGGCAUUCUCAGAUGAAAUUCCAAAACAAUUCACGAACUCAGGAAUCGAAGAUUUUGUCUACUAUGUCAAGAGCUGCCCUCUUCGAUACGUAUUAUGUGACUUUCCCAAUCCGUUCUACCCUAAACAAGUAUGUGAAUUCUACUAUUCAUGCUUUGUUGAUAAUGAUGCUCGAACUAUUACUGGAACCAUUAGAGAUGGUCAAUAUACAGUUACUAGUGAUGUAGAAUCCUUCUGA